AAAUACCCAUCUCUUUGCCAAGUGAAUUUCCGAGUUGUAUAUAUCAAUUUGAAAAUUGAUUUCUUUUUGCCUCGUCCGUGAAACUUUUUUAUGGCAUGCUUGAAAAAAGCACAACUUUUAUUUUUUAGAGACCCCCUGAGUCGAUUCAUUUGGCAAUACGUAUUCCCACUCCAAUUCGCGUUAGGACUCCUUGGAAAUUCUCUGAAUUUGUGGGUGCUCGCCAGUGAUGAAGUACCCAAUAUUGCUAGUGAUAUGCUAGCAGCAGUUUCAUUUUGUGAUUUGGCAUUUUUACUGGUUAUGUUACCCAAUUGUCUGGCCGCAUUUGACACAAUUGCAUACAAUGUCUCGUUCAGGUAUUUCUACCUGAACACCAAACAACACAUGUCAGCAGUGGCGAACUGGAUGAGUGCCGCUGCGAUUUGGCUAAUCCUAGCAGUAUCCAUCGAACGCUACCUGAUCGUCCGAUCGCCGUUCCGCGCCAAACUCUAUUGGCAACGUGGAAAAAUGGUGGUGGUCCUGUCGUCGAUCUUCGUGACAACCGGGUUGCUCACAGUAUACCACCAUUUUGAAUGGGACUGUGUGAUCGAGGAGUUCUGUAACGGUACACAGCUUCUCGACUUUUGCUACUACUCUGGGAUGCGGCACCAGAAAACGUAUCGGAACAAAGACUGGGUGACGCCAAGCAAUGUGAAGAAGGUCUACCUGAAGUUUUCCACGUUUUUGAACGCGAUUUUGGUUGUAUUCGUCCCAAUAGUUUUGGUCAUAGUUCUGAAUAUGCUUAUGAUUCGGCAGUUGAAGAUAAACUGGACAUCACCAAGAUUGGAGUCGAUGAGAGGAGCCAUGACUAGGAGCCACGUGCGUCAACGUCAACGAGUAGCCGUUACAGUCAUCGCCAUCGGGCUCUGUUUUUCUCUAACCCAAGGACCAUCUGCAUUCAUGGCUCUUUACGAACUUUUUUCCGAAUACGAACUCGGGCAUACUUUCUACGCGAUUUUUAGCAUAACGAAUUCGCUGGUGGUCACUGGUAAAACGAUCAACUUUAUUUUGUUCUGCCUGUCAUCGGAACAUUUCCGGCAGAAAUGUUUCAAGGCGAUCUAUCGGAAAUUUCCAAAGCUCUCCCAAAGCAGUAUCGGCAAGCGAUUUCUCGACCAUCAACGCUCCAACUCGUACGAUCGAUCCUCCUCGCUGCGCACCGUCCGCUCACGGCGUGGCUCUGCAACUACACUUCCAGGUGUCAACCGAGACACCUUGCUGCUCCCGCCAUCCGAAGAAUGCGCGACGUGCUCACUUUCAGUGUCGAGACAGAACAUCUCAUAUCGGACAAGGUUGCACUCGGAGCCUUCGGUCUCAUCCGAACGUUAGUUGUUGUAUAUAUAUGUAUGUGAUAAAUUUGUUUUGAAAACAAA